ACAGGUGGCAAUUAUGAAAAGUUUGCACUAUUUUGCAAAUUUCUUGGUCUGUCAUUCAUCUCAAGGUCAACUUUUAUGAGAAUCCAAAAGAAGUAUGUGAUUCCUGAGAUCAAGAGAUUUUGGAAAGACAUGAAGGCAUCGAUAUGGAAAAUCUUUUUUGGGGAAAGCAUCAUUCUUUGCGGUGAUGGCCGAAAUGAUUCACCAGGUUUCAGUGCUAAGUAUUGUGUGUAUGUACUUAUGGAGCAGUUUGUCAAUGUAAUCGUAGAUAUCGAAGUUGUAGACAAGCGUGAAACUGGUGGGGUGUCAACCAAUAUGGAAGUUUAUGGACUGAAAAAACUGUUGGAAUGUGUUGUUGGUGAGAUUGUUGUGUCAGAAAUUGUGACAGAUGCUUCCACGGCAGUUGCCGCACUGGUUAGAAGAAUGAAAGGUAUAAUAAUAGUAGUAAUGGAUUAAAACAUGAAAAUUAGGUGCAGGAAAAAAAAUUAUUUAAUGUCUUCCCAUUAUGUUUUAAUGCAUUGUGUCUUGUGCACCUACAUUAUUAUUUUACUCUGUCUAAUGCCAGAUGAUUUUCCUAGACAAUCGUGUUAAUAAAGGGAGAUGGCGCUGGCUCUUAUAAAUGGGUUAAUUAAUUAAAUAUAUUUUAUGGAUUUUUUAGAUAAAUAUCCUAAUGAAUUUGGUAAGCUGUUUCAUGCGCUUGACAUUUGGCACAAAUCUGUAAAGUUGACAAAGAAGCUGUCAAAGGUGAUAUUUAACUUCACUCCCUUAUACAAUAUACUGUACGUUAUUGUAUCAUUUAGGAAUAUAUAGUAAUCAUUAAAUUAAAUAAAACAUAAUCUUUUUAAGUGGUGAACAUGGGGGAGAGGAUUAUUUUAGACAAAAAAAGUUUAACUAAAAUUUCUAGCUACAAACAUUGGUCAAAUGCUGACACCCUAAAAUCCUCUCGAGUGUCUGCGAAAGUACAUCAUCUUCGCUUUUGAGUCAUAUUUUCCUAAUUGAGAUGUUCGGUUUGAAUAUUUUUGGUUUUAGGCUGCAAAAAUUAAGGGUUGUGAGGUACUAAGCGAGUGGACCGAGCCAAUACGAAACCACUUCUGGUAUGUUGCACAAGAAAAUAAGGGCAACACAGAGAAAUUAAAGGUGAGGAAAGUACUAACUUUCACGUUAGAAUGUUACCCUUAUAUAUUAUAGUUAAUAAUAAUCAGGGUUUGAAUUAACGGUGUGAAAAUACUGGAGCAAAUAGUGAACAUUGCACAUCACUUUUCCAAAUGUUCUGCGGAAAAUCAGACUUGGAAACUAUUGGGACUAUUUGCCAUAUAAAGUAGGGCAUAUUGGAGUUUAUUGGUUUAAUGAAUACACUUUAGGACGGCUGGUUCGGAGUUUUACAUCAUGUUGUUGGUGAACACGAAUGGGCAGAUGGUGAGUGCACACAUGGUCCUCUUGUUUCCACUGAAGAAAACAAGACCUUGAUGGAUAAGGGUUCCAAGGCAAUGGAGGCUUUGCGGAAAGUGGUGAUGGAUCCUCGCUUUCUUAAUGCUUUGCACCAUUAUGUAACAUUCAGGUAUAUUGACCGUUCAUGGGACUUUACGGUGCAUUUCUCAUUAUACACCUGCAGUAAGUUUAUAAUAGGCCCUUCACAGCUGGCCCUGUGCCAUUGCUCUCCAUAACAAUUAAAAUCGUCUAGUGCUAGGGGUAAAAACAAGGGGGUAAAAUCACUUUUGCAUAACAAUAUAUCUGUGCUUUGUCUUACUGUAAUCCUUUGUUUCUAAACCCCACUGAUUUCAAUAUUCUCCACUCACUCAUUGUUCUCAACUGAUACUAUUCAAUUACACCUAUGGUGUUUACACUUGCACUUGUUGUUUGUGACUUGACUUCUAUUGUGAUUUUCUUCUUCUGAUGGAUGUGAAUGAGUAGAUGAGUUAUCAAUGUUCUGAGUACAUAUAUACCCUCAUCUGAACAUUCAUAAUUCAUUCACUCUUUCACAUCCAUCAGAAAAAGAAAGUCGCACCUAAAAUCUCAGGAAAAAGUGGAAAAUAUAAAAAUUGUGAAGUCAUGUGAAUUAAUCAUUUAUUUAUUAGACACACCAGCAAGCUAGAAAAUUUCAAUUCAAUGCUUUUGAAAUAUACACCAAAGCGAGUUGGAUUUCAGUAAGUAAUAUGUAAUCUUAAAUAAUGUAUUUACUAAUGUAUUUGCAACACUCACUCUUUGUCUGGUGUUAGAUGAUAUGGUGGCCACAUAUGGGCAUGUUGCUGUCAUUGUAGCUUAAUGGAUUUCAAAUUGAAAGUCAAGACAAUUAUGUCAAUUUAUUUAUUAAACUACAACAUUGUUUUAGGAAUGACUCAUUUAUAGCAAGAACAUUACUUGCAGCUAUUGACCACAACAGCCAUCUUUUCAGACAAGCAGCUUUGAACAGGGAUGGAAAGAAGAAAUACAACAAAGUGUACAGCAAGCGUUCAAAAAACUGGAGAGUGACGGCUGUAUUAGAAGAGAAGACCUAUGACUUCUGGCCAGCUCUAACUUCUGGCAUCCUGCAGAGGAAGAUUGAUGACAAGGAUAGUAUCCUAAAAAAGUAG